AUGCUUGUGCUGCUGUUCUCAUCGCCGCCAUCUGAAAUGAUUGCCCCGGAUAUCAAUAUCACCAGUAAAAAUUUUGGCAUCGAUUUUAUCACUGAUUCUGCCAAUUUCCAGUAUUCAGCAAUUUUUUUGGAAGAAUGUACUGAAGAUCAGUUCGAUACGGAUGUGUAUUUCGGAUUGGUUCUAAUCUGGAACAUGAGUCAUUUAAUGCCUAAUCAUGUGGCUAAUGAAAAAACGUGGUCGAUACGUCCAUUUCGGAAAAAAUGA